CUUCGUUUCUCAUUCCCAAAUGAAUGAAUACUUUAUAUAUACAAUAAUACAUAUUUCUUUCCUACAUUCUUUCGUCAUAUAUACCGAUUGUUAUUCACUUCCCAACCAAACCAAAAUUCCUGCAUUAUUUAUAUAUAUAUAUUCUUUAUAAAUAAGUUCAAAUCACUUUCUUUGAAAACUGAUCGAAUUAAUAAUAAAGUUGACAAAAAAUGGCACUUGUUAUCACGAUGGCGUUGUUGUUGUUCAUCAUAUUGACCGGCGCCAGAACAUCAGUUUCUUCCGAAGACCGUCUUCUUGUGAACAUGACGAUCGUUCGCAACGCUCCCGCUCUUGGUGCUUUUUGCUUGGACGGAAGUUUACCGGCGUAUCACAUACAUAGAGGAUUCGGCGCCGGAGCACGCAACUGGCUUUUACAAUUCGAGGGUGGUGGGUGGUGUAAUGAUAUCGAAUCAUGUGCAGAGAGAGCCCAAACCCGUCGUGGAUCUACACGUCUCAUGACCAAGUUAGAGACCUUCUCAGGCAUUCUUAGUAAUAACGCAUCACGCAAUCCGGAUUUUUACAAUUGGAAUCGUGUGAAGCUUAGAUACUGCGAUGGAGGUUCUUUUGCUGGAGAUUCUAAGUUCGAUAAUGGGACUUUGGUACUUUUUUUCCGAGGACAACGGAUUUGGGAAGCAAUCAUUGAAGACCUUCUACCAAAAGGUUUGGGGUCAGCUAACAAGGCUUUGCUUUCUGGGUGUUCAGCUGGGGGUUUAGCAUCCUACUUGCAUUGCAAUAACUUCACGAGUUAUCUACCAGAUACUACAGCUGUCAAAUGCCUGGGUGACGCUGGAUUUUUCUUAGACGCACCAGACAUUACCAUGAACCAUACCCAGAGAACUUUCUUUCAAGAUCUUGUCACUUUACAGGGAAUAGAAAAAAAUCUGGAUGAGAACUGCACAAGUUCUAUCAGUGAUCCCAAACAAUGCAUCUUCCCACAGUACUUACUAAAGUACAUCACACCACCACUUUUCAUCUUAAACUCUGCAUAUGAUGUAUACCAAUUUCACCACAUAUUAGUUCCACCAUCCGCCGAUCCACGUGGACGUUGGAAUCGUUGCAAAUUAAAUCCAACAGCAUGUCACCCAGACCAAAUAAGAGUUUUGCACGCUUUCAGGGUUGAGAUGCUUAUGGCUCUUAGGUCAUUCUUGCUCAAUUCACCAAGAGGAGGGAUGUUUAUAAACUCAUGUUUUGCUCACUGCCAAAGUGAGUCACAAGAUACCUGGUUUGCACUAGACUCCCCACAAAUGUAUAACGAGACAAUUGCAGAAUCAGUUGGCGACUGGUACUUUGGCAGAAACGUUUCUAAGAAAGUGGAUUGCCCCUAUCCGUGUGACACUACCUGUCAUAAUCUCAUAGGUGUUGUCUUCACUGAAGAUCAUCCAUAGUGUAGAUAUAUAGUUUGCUUAAGCACAAAAUCAAAAUUUUUAAAUACAUGUAGAGUGGACAUAUAUACGCCAAGGAAAGGAACUUGGAAACUUCUCCUGCUGCUGGAAAAUUGUUAGUUGCAGCCUGCAGGUUGUACAAUUCACCCAGAUACAAAUUAUGAGUAGAUAGUAAUCAUGGAUUACUAAUUAAGAUACACAAACUAAACUCUAUCAUUCAUUCUCAAUAGCACAAAAUGUUGUAAAGAAAUAUGUAUACUUCUCAUCAAUGGAAUUGGUUUGUAAGCAUUGAAUACCA